AUGUACUUUGGCCCCCCCAAAGUCAUAAUCUUAGAUCCGUCCCUGCACCUUGGUGUCAUUGAAAAUGAUGACAACACUUCCUCGUUCUUCGUAGACUGCAACAAUGCCGAAGCUCAUUUCAUUCAUUCAGUUGUUGACAAUGUCACUGUCAACGAUAUCCUUGAUCCCGUGUAUGUGCCUCACAUUGUCAACUUUUUAUUCCCACUUAAUGGUGUUCUUAACCACGAAGGUGUUUCCAAACCCUUACUUGCAGUUCAAGUAACUGAGCUCAUCGAUGGCUCCUUCGUUGGUUGCACCAUGAAUCAUAUAAUCGGUGAUGGUUCGUCUUUCUGGCAAUUCUUUAAUUUUUGGUCAGAAACAUCACGUGGUUUUGACAAUAUAUCACGACCUUCAGUUCUCAACCGUUGGUUUCCUAGCAAUACCAAUUGCCCUAUUCGAAUCCCUUUUUGCUCCAAUGAAGACGAUGAAUUCUUGGCGAAUGCUACUUUGUACACGAGUAGUUCACCUCAGUUCAAUGUAUAUGGUAAUGACUUAGGUUGGGGAAAACCGUUGGCAGUGCGAAGUGGCUUAGCAAAUAAGAGGGAUGGGAAGAUAACGGUUUUUCCUGGGAUGAAAGAAGGGAGCGUUGACAUUGAAGUUUGCUUGUUACCCGAGAAGUUUCUUGCUAUGGAGAACGAUAAAGAGUUCAUGCAGUCCAUCGGCAUCUAA